CUUCAGUACACUCUUUUUUUUUUUGUAGAAGAAGCGGUCUUUUGUACGAGCAAGAUGCAGAGUUACUCUGUUCUUCACUCAGCAUCUUUGCCUUUUGCCUUUCUUUGUCGUUCUUUGCUAGCUGGCUUUGGAAACUAUUGAUUUCUUGAAUGCCCUUUCUUUAUUCUCUGCAAGAAGAAGAAGAACAAGAAGAGAUCUUUUCCAUCAACAUCAAUAAAUCCACUGUUUUUUCUGGAUUUUGAUGAAUUUGCAGAGAAUCAAUCUCUUGAGGUCUAAAAUCAGCAGUUUUACAUUGAUAUUAGACUUCUCUCGUUUCCAGUGUACGAAAUAGCUCUUUUGGUCUAUUGGGUUCCUCUUGUUUUUCUUCUUCUUCUCCUCCUUCUUUCAGACAAUCAAAAUCAAGUACGCCAUGGCCAACCUGUUUCAGAGCUCCUUGCCCAAAACCACCAGAUUUGAGACGGCGGUCUGGGCGGCAAAGCUCUUGCUCCUAUCCAUGGGGAUUGUAUCCGUUUUUAUGAUGUUCAAAGCGGCAAUAGUUCCGUACACAGUAAACUUGUCAGCAUCCACUCUUCCUCGCCUCUGGAUCUCCCUCCGAAGCUGGCUGUCUCCGCCGUACAUCUACAUCGUCGUCAACUUCAUCAUCAUCACCAUCGCCGCCUCCUCCAGCUUCCAACAGUACCCAAAGCACCAUCAUUCUAAUUCCUCUUCACCCACCAAUGCCAAGCCCGCCGCCGCCGACCCAUCCCAGAACGAAGACGAAAUCGAUAGCUCCGAAGACCCCAAUUCAAACGCUAUAUUAACUACAGCCAACAUUGACGACUCCCAUGAGAUCAUCUGGCACAACAUCAUGCAACCGCACGAGAAGCAGCGAGUGAUCAUCAGAGAUACUAAUUUGCCCAACGCUCCGCCGGAAACAUCAUCCGGCGAGAAGGAGGAGGACGACGAGGAGGACGGGGACAGCUUGGACGCGACGUGGAAGGCGAUCAUGGAGGCGCAGGGGAAGCCGGUGACGCAGCAGCUGAAGAAGAGCGACACGUGGGACGUGCCGCCUCGUGUUGCGCGGAUAGAGGCGGAGAGAAAUGACGUGGCUGCAGGUGGCGCUGACGAUCCGGUGGCUUGGGCUCGGCGGGAGCUGAAGAAGUCGGACACUUUCAGUGACAGAGCGUCGGUGAAGAGGGACAAGUCGAUGAGUCACGAGGAGUUGACAAGGCGAGCGGAAGCGUUCAUCAAGAAGUUCAACAAUGAUAUGAGGCUACAGAGGCUGGAAUCUCAACAGCGUUUCUUGGAGAUGGUUAAUGGGGGUGUUUAGUUUAGUUUAGUUUAAUUAAUUAGUGCUAAACUAAAGUCUUAAACACAUGAUGAGGAAAAUGACCCACGCAAUUGGUACGUGUUGGAGUUUGUGGGGUGAAACUUUAAUUUUCUGAUAAAUCUGGAAAUAUUGAGGGGGCUUUAUGUUGGUCUUAA